AACAAAAAGACAUAAACAAAUUUAUCACAAAAAACUGUUUCUUAUCUCACUAUUCUACGAAAGUAAAUCAUUGAUUCUGCAUCCCUAAAGAGCACGAGAAUGGCCACCGAUAUAGUGAAAGUACAGCGUGCUGUACAUGAUCCAAACAAUCCAUUGGUGUUUUUAGAUGUAAAAGUUGGUGAGGAAAGCGUGGGUCGGAUAGUGAUCGAACUGCGGGCGGAUGUCGUUCCGAAGACGGCGGAAAACUUCCGUGCCCUGUGCACCGGAGAGAGGGGCAUUGCGCCGGAAACCGGCACGCGCCUGCACUACAAGGGCAGCAAGUUUCAUCGAAUCAAGUCGCUGUUUAUGUCACAGGGCGGCGACAUCGUGAACUUCAACGGAACCAACGGUGAAAGCAUCUAUGGCAAGACUUUUGAGGAUGAAAACUUUACCCUGCUGCACGAGGAUGGUGCGGUGUCGAUGGCAAACCUGGGCCAACCAGACACGAAUAAUUCGCAGUUUUUCAUCACCUCCGGCGAGUGUCCGCAUCUAAAUGGAACGAAUGUGGUCGUUGGGUACGUGAUACGCGGCGGUGGCAUCAUCGGCGAGAUGGAACGCCAUUCCACCGACGAUGGGGAACCGACGGUUCCGAUUGUUAUUGAAAACUGUGGACAGUUAGCGGCCGGCGAGGAUUGGUGCGUGAACGAUUGUGAUGACGUGUUUGACCAGCUGCCCCCGUUUCCGGAGGAUUGGGAACGAUUUUAUGACAUUUUUUCGGUCGAUGAAGUGCUCCAGUACCUAACUGCAAUCCGGAACGUUGGCAAUUGUUAUUUUAAACAGAAACAGUACGUACCGGCCAACAGGCGCUACAAGAAGGCGGAACGUUACUACAAUUUCUUCAACAAUCAGUUCAACAAACACCAUCCCCGGACACCGGAGCCUAACGUUGUACUGGAACAGUUUCAACUACUGAACUGUCUCAACCAGGCGGCCGUCCAACUGCAGUUGCGGGAGUAUUCCAACGUGGUGCGCUCGUGUAAUGCAGCACUAGCAAUUGAUCCGGAAAAUGCCAAGGCACUGUACCGUCGAGGGAUAGCUCAGAAUGAGCUGCGUAACUACGAGAACGCGCUGAACGAUUUGGGUCGGGUUUUGCGGCAAAUACCGGAUGACCGGCUCGUGCAGAGCGAGUACGAUCGAUCGCGCAAGUGUCUGCACGAGUACACGCAACAGCAGCGAAAAGCACUUUCGAAGCUGUUCAAAUGAACCAGCUAUUGUUUAAAUGACCCAGCUCCGGGAGCCUUGGUUAUGUGUUGUCCCCUUGGAUUUUUGUCUAAGUGUGUUGUUAAUAAAUGUUGUAUAUCUGUGCAAAUGAUCGUUGUUUGCUGCAUGUU